AUGGCUACUGCUGGGACCUUACCAUCAUCGGGUAAUCUAUUUCUCGAUUAUGUUUGUACUCUGGGUACUGAAGAAAGAACUUUUCUUUACACACAACCAGCAUGCGCUCUCUUCGUAUUCCGCAUGCUACCGAAUGUGGCACAGCAGGUAGUGAUCAAGAUGAUAUGGAAUUCUAAUGUUAGUACCGCGAUGUCCCAUGACACGUCUGCUGAACUAGAGUUGUCAGAGAAGCUGUUGAUUAAACUGGGUCUUAUUACUGAAAGUGGGAGUAUACACCCUUCAUUUCGUCAGUCAUAUCUACGCGCCAUCAUGCUUGGUGCACAGAAAUGCUCAAAAAUCAAUCCUGUGGAAGUAGAUCCCAAGCGACGUCAGAAUGAAAAAGAGCUUGGAAAGAAAGCUGGUGAGCGAUGGGAAUGUAUAUUGAGAUACCUCGCCUUACCAUCUGAUAAGAACAUGAACUCAGUGUCAGCAACUACACGAGAACUUUUCUCUGCUGCCGGUUUUACAAGCGACAAUGAGGGCUCAGCUGAUCUUGAAAUAACUUCUGCGGGUUUUCAGUUUCUAUUACUUAGUCCUGUUCAACAACUUUGGACAUAUAUGAUAGAAUAUCUCAAGCUUGAAAUGGCAAAGGGACGAGACAUUCGGCCAAUCAUGGAUCUCCUCAUAAGGAUUAUUUUAUGUGUUGUGAUAGGAGCCGAUCUCUCUACUACGGCUUUUGAGAUCAAUCCUAAUUGGACGGAGGAACAGUCGACUUUAGCUAUGCAUAUGCGAGAACUUGGACUGAUUUUCAUUAGAAAGAGGAAGGAUGGGUGA